AUGGGUAAUUCGGCAUCCCUUAAAGUUAACGAUAAAAGAAAAUGGCAGAGCGAGACCGCGAUGAGUCCAGCGCCCCCCUCGCCGCGUGACAAAAGUGCGGCACCAUUCAUUGCUGGCAAACAGUCGCUCGCCGCCAUCGGAGGGAAGUGUACGUACGAAAUGGAUCGCGAUCGCAUCGGUGUUUGGGGCUCCGGGGACGGACAGUCCAACAGCCGUCUAUCGGGGCUCGACCGCCUCAGGCACCCGGGGUUGAACAAGGGUAUGGCGUUUACUCUCGAGGAACGUCAGUUGAUGGGAAUCCACGGUUUGCUACCCCCCAGGGUCAAGAGUCAGAAAGAGCAGGUAAACCUCUGCAAACUUUCCAUUGAGAGAUACGAAGACCCCCUCAACAAGUAUAUCUACCUUAUGGGAUUAUUGGAUCGUAAUGAGCACCUUUUCUACCGCUUCGUGGGUGAAAAUGUAGCAGAGAUGAUGCCCAUCGUCUACACCCCGACCGUGGGUGUGGCCUGCCAGAAGUACGGGCUCGUGUACCGUCGGCCUAGGGGACUUUUCAUCACAAUUCAUGACAAGGGACAUAUUUACGACAUUCUUAAGAACUGGCCUGAAACAGACGUCCGAGCGAUAGUGGUGACGGAUGGUGAGCGCAUCCUGGGUUUGGGAGACCUCGGUGCGUGCGGAAUGGGGAUUCCAGUCGGCAAGUUGGCCUUGUACACCGCUUUAGCUGGCAUCAAGCCUCAUCAGUGCUUGCCUAUUACACUCGAUGUCGGAACCAACACUCAAUCUAUGCUGGACGAUCCUCUGUACAUCGGCCUGAAGCAACGACGCGUCCGAGGUGCAGCGUACGACGAAUUCAUCGACGAGUUCAUGCAGGCUGUCGUGAGACGCUUCGGCCAGAACUGUCUCAUACAAUUCGAGGACUUUGGCAACGCCAACGCCUUCCGUCUGCUGGAGAAGUACCGUGGCAAAUACUGUACCUUCAAUGAUGACAUCCAAGGCACCGCAGCUGUAGCGGUGGCCGGUCUCCUCGCCAGCUUGAGGCUAACAGGGAAGAAGCUCUCUGAAAACGUCAUUGUCUUCCAGGGCGCUGGAGAGGCAUCGUUGGGUAUAGCUGAAUUGUGCGUGAUGGCAAUGAAGGCGGAGGGCACGGACGAGGCAGUUGCUCGCGACCGCAUCUGGAUGGUGGACUCGAAGGGGUUGAUCGUUAAGAACCGUCCCGAGGGUGGACUCAAUGAACACAAGGAGAGAUUUGCCAAGAACCACGCCCCCGUUCGUACGUUAGCUGAAGUUGUGAGCGUGGCUAAGCCCUCUGUGUUGAUCGGUGCUGCUGCAAUCGGCGGGGCAUUCACGCCGGAGAUUCUGAGGUGCAUGGGCGAGUUCAAUGAGAAGCCGGUCAUCUUUGCACUCUCGAACCCGACCAGCAAAGCGGAAUGUACAGCGGAGGCCGCUUACUCCAAUACCGAUGAUCGUGCGAUUUUCGCCUCCGGUUCACCUUUCCCGGAGUACAGGACGAAGGACGGUCGCGUCCUCAGACCGGGCCAGGGAAACAACUCCUACAUUUUCCCCGGACUUGCAUUGGGUAUUAUCUGUGCUGGUAUCGUUGACAUCUCGGAAGACUUCAUGCUGCUCGCCGCUGAGGCUCUUGCUGAAAUAGUAUCAGACGACGACUUGAGUCACGGCAGCCUGUACCCGCCCCUGAAGGACAUUCAAAAUUGCUCAGUCAAGAUUGCCAAGAAAAUUGUGGAACACGCCUACAAAACUGGUAAAGCAUCAGUGCAACCGCAACCGAUAGACACCGAGGCCUUCAUCCGAGCGCAAAUGUACGACGUCAGAUACUCGUCAGCCGUUCCGCCCGUCUACGGCUGGGACAACGACGAACCGAAUGUGCAACAGAUGUAA